AUGUCUGGCCUUCCAACUGAACAACAGCAACAGACUGGAGAACAAGUUCCCGAAGAGGAAUUCAUCUCCACCAAUGAGGUUGAACAGGAAAUUAUUGCUGACGAUGCCGAAGACGUUCCUAUGGAUGAAGACAACGACUCAGACGACGAAGAGCUGCCCAUCGAGGAUGAGCCCAUUGAGAUAGACAUGUCCAACAAUUCGAUUGGAUACUUUGAUAAACACACCGACUCCGUUUUUACCGUUUUCCACCACCCCACAUUACCUUUAGUUUGCACUGGAGGAGGUGAUAAUGUUGCCAAUCUAUGGACGUCACACUCGCAGCCACCUAAAUUUGCUGGUUCCUUGAAGCAUAGUGAGUCUGUAAUCGGUGGUGGUUUCACACCAGAUGGCCAAUUUCUAGUUACAGGCGACAUGAACGGUAAAGUACUGGUUCACAAGUCAGGUAAAGGUGGCGCUACUUGGAAGCCCUGUGCAGAAUUACAAGAGGUUGAAGAAAUUAUGUGGAUUAAGGUACAUCCCACCGUAUCAGGUCUUUUCGCUUUUGGCGCAACAGAUGGAUCUGUUUGGUGUUAUCAAAUCACACCUAAAACGGGUCAAUUAGAACAGAUCAUGAGUGGCUUCGUGCAUCAACAAGAAUGUUCAAUGGGCGAAUUUGUCGGAGUUGAGGAUGGAGAAAGCAAUGUGACAUUGGUGACUUGUUCUGUUGACAGUACUAUUAUCGCUUGGAACUGUUUCACUGCGCAACCAAUUUUCAAGAUUACACAAUCAGAGAUUAAGGGUAUUGAAGCUCCAUGGAUUUCUCUAUCGAAAUGUCCAGCGUCUAUGUCAAAAGGUACACCAGUGAUUGCAUGUGGGUCUAAUAAUGGUGUAUUAGCUAUCGUCAACUGUAACAAUGGUGCAGUUCUUCAGCUAACUACAGUAAUGGAAUUAAAACCAGAUCAAGAAGAGCUAGACGCUUCUAUUGAAUCGAUUGCUUGGUCUACUAAACUUCCGUUGAUGGCCAUCGGCCUCGUAUGUGGUGAAAUUCUACUCUACGAUACUUUGAGCUGGAGAGUGAGACACAAAAUUACUCUUGAAGAUUCCGUAACCAAACUAUAUUUUGACGAAGUCCAAGGAUUUAAUCUAUUCGCAUCCUGCAUUAACGGCAAAGUAUAUGAAUAUGAUGCCAGGACAGGCAACGAAGUAUUUGUAUGCCUUGGGCAUAACAUGGGUGUGCUAGACUUUAUAGUCACUGAAAAAGGAAAAAAGUUAAUUACUGCUGGUGAUGAAGGAGUAUCAUUAAUCUUUCAGCUACCCUAA